CCUCCUGCCCCUGGCCGGGGGUGAGACAUGCCCGCAAGCCGGGGGGAUGUGAUCCGAAGCAGCCUCCCACUCCGCCUGGACAAGCGGGCUUGCUGAAGCCGGAGCCCGGAGGGGACCAUGGGAGGGACGCAGGUCAAAUGUCUGACAUCACCAAGUCCGAUCCACAGUGCAAAGAGUGAGUCCAUUAUAUCCCAAUCGGAGGAGAGGGCAGAUUUUGUGAUUAUUCCUUCUGAAGCACAGGAGAACAGAACAGAGGAGACAGAUUCUCCAUUUUCCCGUGACUGGCUAGCAGGGAGCCCAGGAACCUAUCUAGAGACUUCAUGGGAAGACCAGCUGCUGGAACAACAGGAACACUUAGAAAAAGAAAUGGAGGAGGCAAAGAAAAUGAUAUCUGGACUACAGGCCUUACUGCUUAAUGGGUCCCUGCCUGAAGAUGAACAAGAGAGGCCCUUGGCUCUCUUUGAACCAGGAGCCAACCCUGAGGAGCAACUGAUCAUAAUCCAAAGUCGUCUGGACCAGAGCAUGGAAGAAAAUCAGGACCUGAAGAAAGAAUUGCUGAAAUGCAAGCAAGAAGUCAGAAACUUGCAGGGAAUAAAGGAUGCUUUGCAACAGAGAUUGACUCAACAGGACACAUCUGUUCUUCAGCUUAAACAAGAACUUUUAAGAGCAAAUAUGGACAAGGAUGAACUACACAACCAGAAUGUAGAUCUUCAGAGGAAACUGGAUGAAAGGAGCCGCCUCUUAGGAGAAUACAAAAAAGAGUUGGGGCAGAAGGAUCGUCUCAUACAGCAGCACCAGGGCAAACUGGAGGAAGCACUCAGAAAACUGUCUGAGGCCAAUUACCAACAGUUCGAUCUAGAGCGGGAACUGGAACAUAAGGAUGUCCUCUUGGCACACUGUAUGAAGAGAGAUGCCGAUGAGCAGGUAACCAACUACAACAGUCACAAUGCUCAAAGCAAUGGAUUUUUCCUCCCAAUGUCUGGGAAAGGAGCUGCCUCAGCUGCCCACAGAGGGGCCAAUGAUCUGCAGCUUGUCCGAGAUGCUCUUCGGAGCCUGCGUAACAGCUUCAGUGGCCAUGACCCCCAACACCACACCAUCGACAGCCUGGAGCAAGGCAUCUCCAGCCUCAUGGAGCGCCUGCAUGUCAUGGAGAUGCAGAAGAAACAGGACAAACGGGUUCGGGGCAAAUCACCAAGAGGUAGUGAAUACCGGGAGUCCUGGCCCCUUAAUUCAAAGUUGCCUCAUUCACAGAGUUCUCCAACCAUCAACAACAGUGCUUGCACUAAAGUGCUUUAUUUCACUGACCGUUCACUUACUCCCUUCAUGGUCAACAUACCAAAGAGGUUGGGGGAGGUGACUCUGAAGGAUUUUAAAGCAGCUAUCGACCGGGAAGGGAAUCACCGAUACCACUUCAAAGCCCUGGAUCCCGAGUUUGGCACUGUCAAAGAAGAGGUCUUUCAUGAUGAUGAUGUUAUUCCUGGAUGGGAAGGGAAAAUUGUGGCCUGGGUUGAAGAAGAUCAUGGAGAGAACUGACAUUGACUCCCAGACUGGGGGCUUAUGGAACCUGGUCACUCUCUGGCUACUUCACUCAGGAAUGAGCACUUAACCCAGAAUAUACUGAGAGGUUUCUAGUCAUGCUGCCAAAAGAAAAGUCUUUCCAAGUGAGAUGACCAGAGGCCAGUCCUAUGUGUAUGGCCCGGCCUGCCUGGUUCUCAACAUUCCAUGUCUAGAUGUCGACCAUGGGUUAAUUUGGAGUGGUAACUCCCAGGUGUUGGGAAUGCAUUGUUUUGUUUUAUCCUGAUGACAACAACAAACCGAAGGCCUUAACUAAUGUGGAUGGAUGAUCCCUUCCAGUGAGGGGCAUGGCUGCUACUGUUCUAAGUCUGGGAAUCAGAUGCUUCACUCCUGCAUGUUACAGUAUUAUUUUAAUUGGCCUCUAUGGUUAUAGCAAUUAUAAGUCCCAGAAUUUGCACUCAAGGGCAAGGCAAUCUACCAAUUUUUCUGCUCCCCUGCAACUUUUGUGAACCAAGAGUACACCUGAGGUGGUACCAAAGAAGAAGGUUCCUCCUUCAAAAAUUCUUUUGGACUGGAUAUGGAUGAUGCUGAGUUCUUCAUCAGACAGUAAGAGAGCUGCCCCUCCUCUGCUGUAUGGUGUCUCAAAUCAGUAUCAAGAACUUGGACCAACUUACCAGAAUUGGUUCUACAGCUUGCCCUUCAGACUGCUUCUUGGGCUAUUUUGUUUUAUAUGUUGCUAACUUCCUUGGGGGACUGUUUAAUUUAGAAACUGUUUACUUCUUCCAGCUGAUGAACUUUGCAUUUGAAAGGAAUAAGGGGUAAAAGUCUCCUUAAGCAUUUAGGCGGGUAUGGAAAGGUGCUGCUACCUAUGUCUUCUUGACUUUCUUUUUCCUAUGAUUUUCCUUGACUUUACUCAGCCAUCAGUCUCUUUUUUCCAGCAUUCAGGGGACAGUCUCGCUGGCCCAGUAUUUUUCUGUGGAGCUGGUGGAGUUGGUAUGCCCUAGGUAUUGUCUUAGCCCAAAGCCAAACAUUACUUUAAUGAUGUAUUAUUUAUCAUUGGCUGACACUUAGGGUGUGGUGAAAAUUGUUCUGAAUGGCAGAGAAAAGCACUCAGAUCCCUUCUACUGUGUUGGACUUGUAGUGCAGGAAAAAGGUUUUUCUCUUGGGGAAAGGGGGAGAGAGUCUGAGGAGCCCAGGGAGACAAAUUCCCAAAUACCACAAGGGAAGCUGCGUUUUCUCACCCACCAGCCAAGUGCCACCUACAACCAACCAACCAUGCUUAUCAGAAGCAGGCUGACCAUAACUGCCAAUGUACACUGCCAAACCAGAAGAGUCCAACAGAUCAGCUCUGGGUUCUUGACUUGUCCAGUUCAUCUCUCAUGUUACAUUUCUAGAUCAUUUCAGAAGACUGUCCUUUGCAGCUCUGAGAUCACAUCUUGUUGUUUUUAUAUAUAAAUAUGCCCUUUUUAAAAUGGUUCAUGUUUGAAGAAUUCUUUUGUACCCAUUUGCUGUCCAUUGAUAACCAUGUCUAUUUUUAUAAUAUGAAUGUGAGCCCCCUCUGCAUUGUCUCACAUUCUGUAUGGUACUCGUUUUCUAGAGAACCCAGAUAGCUAGCUUUUAUACAGGCUCUUCUUAUCACCCAUGUGGUUAAAAAACAACAACCCAACAACAGACAACAAAAACCAAGCUUUAUUUUAUUACAAGUGUACCAGUGACAACUAAUUUCCAGUUUAUUCAACACUACCUGUCAUUUUUAGCAUUGGAGGUGGUUUUGUGUAGGCUAUUUGAUUACUCUUUCAGCAAGUGGAGUUGAGAAGAUACUUUAUGCUCUUCAUUAUACAUGUACCUCUGCUUUUCUCACAAAUGGAGAAUAUGUUUUCUCAUUGGAAAUAACUGUCAAGCAAAUAAUAAUUGGGAAAGUCAAUCAAGGACAGAAGAAAUUUCACUACUGAAAGCAAGGAGAAGAACAGAGUGUAUUCUCCAUCUUUUCCAGGAAAUUUGGGGAAAAGAAGGUUUAUCACCAAUUUCUCUGUUGCAUGAAUUUUAGUAUUUUGCUGUGACAGCAUGGUUAUCUGGCCAAAAUUCUUUGUAUAUUUCACUUGUGACCUCUUUUGGGUGUCUCGCAAUUACAAAUUUUAACUUGUUCGUUCGUUUUACUUUAGUCAGUUGUCAUGCUGUUAGGUAGGAUGUCUUCAUUUUCAGAGAAAAUUAACUAAAUCCAAGUAAAGGUUCCCUACCUUCUUUAGCCUCGAUUCCCCUCCCCUUUUGGAAAGGAGCCACAUGGUACUGAGCCCAGUGAAAAGAUUCUUGCAGGGGAAUAAAAAUUAAACAAGUUUGCUUUUAUCUGGUUGAUUCUAUGCAGCACCGGUAGUCACCAUACAUCACAACUCUCUGAUUACUAUUCAGUAACAUGGGUGCAAAAAAUGAUGCUGAAAGGGAUACUGGCACUCAGGGAGGAGUCAUUAACUGCUUCUAUUUUUUAACAAUCCUGUUAAGAUUGAAUUGUGAAGAUAGUCCAAGACUCCUCUCUAAUCUCCUUCAAGGUAUUGUGAUGAAUCAUUGGUGGGAUUUACCUGGGGGAAGUCUAUGCUGUUGUUGCCUCAGUUAAGCUUGAAAAAAAAAAACCAAACAAUAUUCCUAGAACAUUCAUGGGUGGUCAGCUCAGCAGAAGAAAUAUUACUUGAAAUUUAAACAAUGUUUUAAAAACUCAAUGCCUUUCGGAUAAAUAUUAAUCUAUAGAGGAGUUCAAGUCCUUAAAAAGUCAUUAUCUUGAAACCAAAGGCUACUAUCCUUGUUCUGUUCCCUAAAUUAGCCAGAAUCAGAACACUCUAUAGUUAGUGCAUAGCAACCUUACAUUUUAUCUUCCAACUCUUUAGAUCUCUCCCCUCAGGAUGGAUUAUAGAAGAGAAAAUUACCUCCCUGCAUCUAUAAAAUCCCAGAAGAAUCUAAUCACUCAAAAAAAGCACUUAAGAUGGUUAAAAGUUUUUUUAAAUUUUUUUCCACAAAAUAUUCAUUAUUUUUGCACAGUCAUCAUACAUUAUUAUAUAAUAUAGGUGUUGCAUGCUUAAGACACACCUACAUAAAGUUAUAUUUUUCUUAGAAACAUGGAUAUUUGCAACCAUUGGUUUCAAAAGAAUUAUUGCACAUACUUCCUAUUUUAUAGCACUCUCAGCAAGACUUUCCUUAUGUUAAUUCCAGAGGCUUCUAAUUUGUCUGUUAGUGAACUGAUAACCAGUCUUACCUGCCUAUAUGUACUAGAAAUUUGUGUGCUCAUUGGAAAAAGAAAUAAGCUAUAAAAUAAAAUGAAAUUUGCAAACUAAACUCAUUAACCCUGCCUUCAGUUUGUCAACUGAAAUUAAUAAAAACUUAAAUUUCAUCAGUGUUAAUUUCUUCCCUCUGUCAUCUGAUUUCUGAUUACUUGAAGAGGGAGAAAGAAGUUUCAAGGACAUUUUAUUCAAACUGAUGUCUCUUUUCCACUAGAUUAAAACAAAUCUGCAGAUUUCAGUUCUAUUAUCAUCAUUUAUUAGCAUCAUGACUCAGAUGCCCAGUGUAUCUCUUGGCAUGCAGAAAUAGAUGUGAACCUCAAUCUGGAAGUCAAAAUUGUAUUACAAAAUAGAAUCCAAAAGUAUGCAAAA